AUGUCCUCGAGUGGUAGCAGUUCGGGCGUUGACAGGGAACUCGAACAGGCCGAGAACGACGAUUCCGCCGCCGCCGCCAUCGACGCCAUCGCCUUCAGAGACCCAUUCGCAGACACCACCCCACGCCGCCCGACCACUGACAACGCCUCGUCCCGCUCCGGCACAAAAAGCCCCAGCCCACUGAACAGCACCGGGACCCAGGGCUCGCUUCAUUCCCCCCCUUCUCUUGGCGUCCAGCAGCUACUCAGUGAUAUUCAGCCUCGAGAUCCACUGUAUGACCACAACACGCCUGCCCCCAUCCACCCCGGCAGCGACACUCUUGCGUAUAAUAACACUUCCCCCUCCGAAGAAGUGUUGCGAUCCCUUGAACACCACUCUUCCAAGCUUCCAACUAUUCCUUCUCAGCUCCAGGAGCAACAGCAACUCGACCACGCCCAGGCCAACACCGGCCAUUACACGCAUCCUAGCGGCGACAACACCCAGACCUACGGUACCCCAUCAGCCGGCCAUCACCACCACAGCCUGAAGCCCAUCGCAACCGUAAUCAUGGGGUUCGAAAAGGCUCGCAAGUUCUCCACGGGCACCUCGGUGCACCGUAAGCGCCAGAUGAGCACUCUGGUGGAGAAGGAGGGCCACUUUGGUCCUGCUCUAACUACACUCUAUCUCGGCAUCUCUGCCGUCUUCUCUGAUGACCACACGGCCGUCGUGGCCCUGGCCAUUCACGAUACCAUCUACCUCGUUGACUUCUCGGUCAAGCACAUUGAGCUCGACGACGCCCUGAAAAUGGGCGAGGACCUCAUCGCCGACUUUGUCAUCUCCGAAGUGCAAAAGUACGAGCACGAGAACUUCUCAAAGUUCAUCGGUGCUGGUCUUCCCACGACGCUCAAGUACAUGAGCCCGAACCUCUGCUCGCGGCUCUGGCUCGAGCUGGAUAUUGUGCCCAUAGUGAUGCGCCCAGAUGACGAGCAUAAGGAGAAGACCUUUUGGGAUGUCAAGAGAGUCGAUGAACAGGCCGAUUCCAUGGCUCGAAAGUGUAUCAUGAACUUUGGCCCCUCCCUCGUGCCUCUUCUUCAAGUCGGAUUCCGAGGCAUCGUCCAAAUCGAUGCUGGCUUCCGCGCCCACCUCACCACCGUCCAGAACCACAAAGACACUUGCAGUGCGGCAACAUGGGAAACCACUUUGACAUAUGCCAAGAAGCUUCGUGCCAACAAGACCAAGAUCGCCUUCUUCAGUUCAACACCCCAAGGCGGUGGUGUUGCGCUUAUGCGCCACGCUCUUGUUCGCUUUGCUCGUCUCUUGGGUGUCGACCUCACCUGGUAUGUGCCAAAACCACGACCCGGUGUCUUCCGCAUCACCAAGAACAUCCACAACAUUCUGCAGGGUGUCAGCCAUCCCGAUCAGCGCGUAACUGCCGACGAGAAACAGGCCAUCAUCGACUGGAUCAAUGAGAAUGCGAGCCGAUACUGGUUCUCCGAGGGUGGACCUUUGCGUGCUCCCGAGGAAGGCGGUGCUGAUAUCGUCGUGAUUGAUGACCCCCAAAUGCCCGGCUUGAUCCCCCUAAUCAAGAAGUAUACUCCUGACCGCCCUGUUCUCUACCGUUCGCACAUCCAGAUUCGCAGCGACCUCGUCGCCAAGGCUGGUUCGCCUCAAGCCGACAUCUGGGAUUUCCUUUGGAGCAACAUUCAGGGCUGCGACAUGUUUAUCAGCCACCCUAUUCCCAUUUUCGUCCCGCACAACGUCCCGCGUGAGAAGGUGGUCUACUUCCCAGCCACUACCGACUGGCUCGACGGCCUGAACAAGCAUCUCAACCACUGGGACUCGGGUUACUACGGCCAUCUGUACAACGUCGCCUGCCACUCGCAGCGCAUGACGGAGCUCAACUGGCCCGCCCGCAAGUACAUCAUCCAGGUUGCCCGUUUCGACCCAUCCAAGGGCAUCCCCACCGUUAUCGACUCAUAUGCCGAGUUCCGUCGCCGCUGCGACAAAGCCAACAUCACCGACGUGCCGCAGCUCGUCGUGUGCGGCAACGGUUCCGUCGACGACCCCGACGCCUCCCUGAUCUACGAUCAGACCAUGGCCCAGCUCGAGACUUACUACCCCGACCUGGUCCGGGACGUCAGCGUCAUGCGUCUGGACCCCAACGACCAGCUUAUCAAUACUUUGCUUGCUAAUGCCCACGUCGUGUUGCAGCUUUCCACUCGCGAAGGCUUCGAGGUGAAGGUUUCCGAGGCCCUGCAUGCCGGCAGACCCGUCAUCGUCUCCAACGUUGGCGGUAUUCCGCUGCAGGUCAAGGACAAGGUCAAUGGCUUUCUUGUCGCGCCUGGCGAUUGGCGUGCCAUAGCCGGUCACCUGAUGGAGUUGUUCACUGAUGAAGAGCUCUGGAAGAAGAUGAGCCAUGAGGCACGUACGGGCGUCUCUGACGAGGUCGGUACUGUUGGUAACGGGCUUGGCUGGUUCUACUUGGCUGCCAAGUGGACCGAAGUCGGCGUGGAGAAGAACGGCAGGGGUGGAUUGAAGGGUAAUGAGCGGUGGGUCAACGACAUGGCGAGGGAAGAGGCCGGAUACUUCUACACCCAAGGAGAGAACCGGUUGCCGAGACACUUUACACAGAGGAAGCCGGAGCUCGAGGCGGAGGCAAAGGACUUGCCAGUCCACGACAAGAAAAAGGCGGAGGUUGCUGCUUGA